AAGAAAGUCAUGUCAGAUCCUGCUUUCAGUUUACGGGUAAAAACUGGACUUUAACAUUCAAAUUUCGAUUGAAAAGAAGAUGAAACUCCUUUUAUUGCUGCAGUUUGAAUCACUGUUUAUACCGGCCCACUUUUGGGACUUCGCAGCGCAACAACCACGACUUUAACACGCAACAUAGACCUUUAUGGAGGAGAGAGAGAGAAAGAGAGAGAGCGGAGGGAAAAACAUAAACAAAGAAAGAAAGCCUGCGCUGAUUGCUUUGCAGCCAACCACAGGAGCUGCUGGCUGUGUUUUGGAGGAGGAGGAGGAGGGUGAGUUCGUGUCAGGGGGAGCUGAGGUGAGUGGAGAUGCGCCACUGCCCUCCGGACUCGCCCAUCCCGAAUCUUGCCUUGAGAAGUUGAGGUGAUGCCGCUGCGAGGACCCGUCUCUGUUUUCUUUCACUUCUCGAUUUUAACAUCCCCCCUCCUCCUUCUCUUUCUCUUCCCCUUCCUCCUCCUCCUCCUCCUCCUCAACUUGGAUGGCUUGAGCGGCUCGUCCUGCGCUCUUGCUCGCCGCCGCGGAGAGAUGUAAGGUCUGGGCCGUCCACCGCCCUCACACUGCGCGGAGCAGCGGCGUGAUUCAGGUCGCUAUCUGACAGAAAGAGAGAGAGAGAGAAACAAACACACGCAGAGAGAGAUAGGAGGGUUAAAAAAAGAGGAAAAAAACUACUUUGGAGAUGUGAAUGAUCGCGGGUUUGCUGCUCAUCCCACCAGCUCGCCUGUCCUAUGCGAUCGACAGCGGGAUGUGAAGAGGAAGAUGAUUGGGGCAUAAACUAUUCCCGGAGACGCCUGUCACAGCUACAGCCGCUGAAGUGGAAAGGGUGGAUGGUUAUUUCGCAAACACUUCAAGCCUAUGUAUACUACUGCAUUCAUUUGUUGGAAACGCUUCCUAGUAUCUUCGAGAACAGCGCAGGAGGAAUGCUGCUCCGAGAUCUGAUGCCAUUUACUUUAAGUUUUUGGCCUUUUUUCAUCGCUCACUGCCUCCUGUCACAGCUUUUACUCUCAUGCAAGGGAGAGAUCCAGAGAUCAUGCUCGCGGACGGUGGCGGAGAAAGUUGGCGAACAGUGCCAGGUGGCGUGCCACUGUAGGAGAUACCCUCCCCUCCCUCCGCCUCCGCCUCCUCCACCGCCUCCUCGGCUUCUGGGAACCACAGUGGCAGAGCCCAUGGUGCCGUUGUUGAGGCCCUGGUGGAUGGAAGUGGACGUUAUAGUGCUUGGGACAGUGAGCUGUGCCUCAGUCGUCUUCCUCCUUUCUGCCAUCAUCAUCUGCUACAAGGCUAUCAAAAGGUUAGAGGAAGCCUUUUUAUCAUGCAAAGCACCUUGCAGCUGA